AUGCCAGUCGCGGCUGAGCGAAUUGAAGGAGGUGCUUCGGGGCUUGAAGAGAUGGCAGCGGGCGCAGCUUUAACAGCAGCUGGCUUAGCCUUGGGUGAGGAAGUCUUCCAUGAACGGCCUCGAAGUCGCUCUAUUUCUCCCCGUACUACAGAGAAGGCCUUUGAUGCUGUCCCGAAGUCCCAAAGUAGACCCUCUUCCCCUGAAGCAUCUCGAGAACAAUCACGACGGAUGUCUGUGAAUCGUUCGACCGAGUCCCCAACUGCAGUACCUUUACACUUCCGUCGACCUCCAGCAUCCCCCAGUCUGCACCGCGCCGUACCGAGUGAGGUACCAAGUAUGCCUAGCUCGCCGACUCAAUCCCGCAAUCGUCGUCCAAAAUCCAUUGAGUACUCUGGUGAAAUGCGACCCAUGUACCUUGUCGAACAGUAUGGUGCAUCUAAGAAAGAGCCAGAGGAGCAGCUACCAUCCCUCCCAUCCAGCAAGAACUCUUCGCGCGCUCCAUCUCUUGAGAACCUCCGAUCACUUCAUGACGAAGAUGCCGUCAGGAGCUGGGAAAUCAUCGAUCCUCCGCCCUUUGAACUUCCUCAAAGACCAUCCGGCCUAACCAUUUCUACUGAGCAUGUCACCGACCCUGAAGCAGUGCAAGAUCUACUUGACUCUCAACAAGCGACCCCAACAGCAGAGAACUUUAGCCUUCCAACUGAGUCUGCCAAGAAGGAGAAGCAGAAGCCUGAGUUCUAUACUUUACAGGAUCUUUUGGAGAACCCUGAGAAGUAUCCCAAUGUUUCUUCGCCUACAAAGGAAGCUCGUUCUAUUGAAGGGUCCGUCAUUGCUGUGAAGGAUUUGCCUGAGGAUACUGGUGCUACCGAAGAGCAUUUUCGUGAACUUGAUGUUCAGGCUGAGCCAGUUCUUGAGCAAGCCGAAAACAGCUUCCCUGAGUCUACCUCUACUGGACUUGGAUUUGCUGGUAUCGUCGAAGCUGCUGCAAUUGCCGCUGUGAAGGACCAUGAGCAACUUGACGAAUCUCCCAUAAAUGAGUUCACUGAGCCUACUUCAGAGGCUGAUCAACCAAUUAUCCCCGAUGUUUCUGAAGAACAGACCCUCGAACAAGUUGUGGAGACUCAAUCUACCUCCGAUACAAAAUUUGCCGACUUUUCUGAUAUUGUCCAAGCCGCCGUUGAAGCAUCGCAUGAAACCCCCACUGCCGAUGAAGAGCUAGGCGAACCUGGUACUGCAAUUGAAGAGCAACCUCCUCAACAACUCGAGUCCAGCAAAGAAUUGGUUCCUGAGUCCUCAGAACCCGUCGAAUCUUCUCAGCCACAAGAGGUAGAGGAUUCCGUCACUGAGGACGUCAAGGAUUCCAGCGCUCAGAAGAAAAAGAAGAAGAAGAAGUCAAAGAAGAAGCAAGCGGAGGAGAGCGUUAAUCUCACCGCUUCUGAGCCUGUGACUUCAACUGAGGAACAGGUUAUCCCUGCUGAGAUCGUUGAAGGCGAGAUUCCGUCUAUUGAGUCUGAGACUUUACCAGCCAUUGAGAAGGAAAUUAUUGCCGACUCUGUUCCCGAGCCGGAGUCUGAGCCUAUUGCAGAGUCUGUACCAGAGCCUGUGGAUGGACCCGUCGCUCCUGUUGAGCUUGUUGAAGCUGCCGUUGUUGAUGAGUUCAAUCAGCCUGCUACAGAGCCUGUCCCUGAGUUAGUUGUCGAGUCUACCCCUGAGGUUGCUCCUGAGUUUACUCCUGAGGUUGCUCCUGAGAUUGCUCCUGAGAUUGCUCCUGAAGCUGCUCCUGAAGCUGCUCCUGAGGUGUUCGUUGAGUCUGAGCCACAGCCUGAGCCUGAAGCUACUGUUCCUGAGGUGGUUGAAGAUGAACAGCCUCAAGAUGCUUCUGGUUUGUCCAAGAAGGAGGCACGCAAGAACAAGAAGAAGAAUAAGAAGAAUAAGAGCAUGUCUUCUGUGGUGCAAGAUGAAGACGUGUCCGCCGAUGUCACAGAAAAAUCAGUGGAAGAACCAGUUGUUCCUUCCGAGGAACCGCAGUCUAUCCAAGAAGAAUCUUCAGCGCUUGCGGGGCCCUUGUCGGAGAUUGUUCCGCUGGAGGAGCCUGCUCUCUUGGAAGAAUCGAAAGAAGAAGAAAUUCUUCAGGAAGCAGCUAUUUUUGAUACUCCCACCUCACCUGAGGAAACUUCCGAAUUCCAAGAAGCCCGCGAGAUUCAGGACCAUGUUGAGCCCUUAUCUACUGAACAGCCUGAGCUUUCCGAAUCUACUCCAACCGCUGACAUUGAAGAAUUCAAGCCAGCGGAGGAGGCCACAGAACAAGGAGAGGAUAUUGAGCUUCCCGUCUCUACUUCAGAAACCAUCAACAUUGUUGAGCCAGAGGAUGCUUUUGUCGAAGCUGUUGAGGAGCAGCCCGAGGUAUCUCAAGAAAAGGAAAUCGAGACUGAGCCCCCAGUCCAAGAUGCCACCCCCGUUGAGCCUCAAGAGUCUCAGCCAGAGGAGUCCACAGAAGAGCCGUCAAAGAAGAACAAGAAAAAGAAGAAGAACCGCAAGUCUGUUGCUUUUGACGAAACCGAUGCUCCAUCCGACUCAAAGCCCUCUGCUGAGCCCGAGCCUGAAUCUGAGCAAGCCACCAAAGACCUCGAGCCCGAGCAGCCAGCUCAUAUCGAGCCAGUUGACCAAGAGUCUUCAAUCCCUGAAGAUGUUCAGCCCUCUGAGCCUGAGAUAAUCGAGGAAGUCACGGAGCAGACUUUUGAAGAGGCUCCCGAGGUUCCAGCCCCUCAAGAACCAGAGACUGCGGUGGCUGAGACCACUGAGUCAGAGCCUAUUGUUCAGCCUGAAGAGCCAUUUGAGCCAACUGAGCUUGUACAAGAUGAGCCUACUGCCGAUCCAGAGCCUGAGCCCGAAGUUCCCUUGACUGCGGCACAGAAGAAGGCGGCUAAGAAGGCUGCCAAGAAGAAGGCAAAGCAGCAGAGUGUUUCUUCUGUUCCUGAUGAGGAGACCCUUGCUGAAACUCCCUCUGCCGAUACUCCAGCUGAGGUCUUCAUUGACGCUCCAGUUGAUGCUCCUGUUGAUGCUCCUGCUGAUGUUUCAGUUGAUGCUCCAGUUGAUGCUCCAGUUGAUGUUCCAGUUGAUACUCCUGUUAAUGCUCCAGUUGAUGUUUCAGUUGAUGCUCCAGUUGAUGCUCCAGUUGAUGCUCCAGUUGAUGCUCCAGUUGAUGCUCCAGUUGAUGCUCCAGUUGAUGCUCCAGUUGAUGCUCCAGUUGAUGUUUCAGUUGAUGCUCCAGUUGAUGCUCCAGUUGAUGCUCCAGUUGAUGCUCCAGUUGAUGCUCCUGUUGAUGUUCCUGUUAAUACUCCAGUUGAUGUUUCUGAUGAUGCUCCAGUUGAUGUUUCAGUUGAUGCUCCAGUUGAUGCUCCAGUUGAUGUUCCAGUUGAUGCUCCAGUUGAUGUUUCAGUUGAUGCUCCAGUUGAUGCUCCAGUUGAUGCUCCAGUUGAUGCUCCUGUUGAUGUUCCUGUUAAUACUCCUGUUGAUGUUUCUGAUGAUGCUCCAAUUGAUGUUUCAGUUGAUGCUCCAGUUGAUGCUCCAGUUGAUGUUCCAGUUGAUGCUCCUGUUAAUACUCCAGUUGAUGUUUCAGUUGAUGCUCCAGUUGAUGCUCCAGUUGAUGCUCCAGUUGAUGCUCCAGUUGAUUCUCCAGUUGAUGCUCCAGUUGAUGUUCCAGUUGAUGCUCCUGUUGAUAUUCCUGUUGAUGCUUCUGAUGAUGCUCCUGAUAAUGCUCCUGUUGAAGCGCCUAAUGAGUCUGAGCCUAUCAAUGUUGAGACUCAGCCCGAGGAGCCAAAAGCUCAGCCCGAUUCAAAUCAGCUGGUUGAAGCUACUCCUGUUGAAUUUUCUGAGCCCGUUGAGUCCGUAACUAAGCCUGAAUUGACAGAAAAUGUUGAACAUGAGGUCAUUCCAGCUGAAACCGUUGAGGAAACAGGUAUCUCUGAGGCCACUCCCGCAGAGGCUGAGCAGACCAAGGAGAUUGAGGCCAAGCCCGUGGUGCCUCAAGAGUCUGAGGCCGCUCAAGAUUUUGCUUCAGAGCCUCUCACGCAGUCUGCCGAGGCAGAGCCCGCCCAAGUCCCAUCUGAAGAGCCUCAAGAAAAUCCCGACAUUGAGCAAAUCUCCGAUGAACCCCCCGGCUGGGCUGUCAAAGUCUCAGAGAAAGAAGUGGAAGGAGAAGCAGAAGAAGUUACGAGAGCAAAGUGUCAGCUCUGUUACGGAGGAGGUCAAUUCUACCGAAACUGUGCCUGUGCCCGAGGUCUCUGA